AUGAACAGCAACAAGUUUUACGUCCCGCGAGGCCCGAGGGUGGAGCAUGCGAUCAAGGACCCUGCGAUCGAGGAAUGGGCGUUCUACAGGGAGAACACGCACCGCUACUUUCGGAUGAAUCCCAAGAUCGCGAGGAAGGCCCUCAUCUGGGCGGUGGCCGUGCCGUACAUCACCUACCAGCUGACGAAGAUGGCCCAAAUCGAGCAGGACAACCAAAACCCGCGCAGCCAGCUCGCCGUUCCCGACCGGAGUACCUUUGAGACCGUCCAAUGCCGGCACCAUUCCGACGUCCCUCCCCGCGCGUCGAUUUGUACCUUCGCAUAA